CCGACAACCGAGGCAUGAUGGGUACGGAAUUGAAGAAGAGCUUCAGUUGGGAGAUAGACAACUUAUCGGACAGGAACCAUGAUAUGAUAAGUUCGGAGCCCUUCUCAAGCGGCGGCUGCGAAUGGUAAAAAUCGACAAGACUCAUCCUAUCAUUAGGCUUUUGUCUAAAAGAACUUACGGUUUUGUCUUUAGGUAUCUUAUUGUUCACCCCAAGGGCCACCCUGGUUAUGAUCAUCACUUGUCUCUGUUUCUGAGCGUCUUGAAUCUUAGAUCAUUGAGACUUGGAUGGCAUAGGAGAGUUCGCUGUUUCUUCGUUAUUUUGAAUCAAUCCGGCAAAGAGCUCUGCAGAACCACUAACGGCGGCAGAUGCACAUUGUUCUGCGCUGAGGCCCCACAAUGGGGUUUAAUGAAGAUGUUGCCUCUUGCCAAGCUUCUAGAAGACGACGACAACAACAAACUAACCAUUCAAGUCUACCUUGAAGUUGUCGAAGUUGUUCAUCAAGGACAAUCAACCGAGAAUUAUAUACUACCAUACAAUGGUGUCCAGAUCCUUGCUUCUCAAGCUCUUUCAUGGACCCAUAUUUUAAGUCGGCACCCAGACUUUGAAGUAGAUUUCGUGCCAAAGUACGAGGAGCUGAGGUCAGUGUACUUGACUCUCUUCUUCUGCCUCAUCGAGACACUGAGCAAGUCUCCACAGAGCUUGUCUGCGGCUGAACUAACCAACGCUCAAAACCAACUGUCUGAGCUGACGAAAGUAGGCUUCAAGCUAGACUGGUUGAAGUCUAAGCUCGAGGAGGUUUCCUUGGAGAGGAAUAAAGCAGUUACCGAUGGUUGUCAUGUCCUCGAGGAACGGGUCAAGAAUGUGGAAUUGACUUUGUCCGGUCUCCAAGUUAAACUGGACAAGGACAAGAUCAAAUAUACUGCUGCUGCUGCUGGAGUGUCUUCGUUUGGGUUCAUUGGUUUUGUUAUCAAGAGAUUCUUUCUCUCUUGCUUCUCAGUCUGAAAAGACUUAACUAAUUAACUAUGUGUGUUUUUUUUUUAUGGGAUAGUCUAAGCUUAUUGCGUGGACAUCUUCACAUUAGGCAUAGACGAGGAGGACGAUUCUCUGUUUCACUUGUCAUCACUUCAUAAACAUGAUUCACAAUUAGUGCUUGGUUCCACAAUUUUCAAGGGCGGAUUUAAUACCUAAAACACUCCACGAA